UUAAACAUCUCUGCAAAUAAUCAAUCUUUUUUGUAAGACCAAAUCUUGAAAAAGUACCCUGUAGUCAUACCGUUAUUGGUAUAUAAGAAGUAAUUAACGUUGGAAAUCAAGCAGGCCGAUCCUAAUUACACAAAUAUCACCCAAGAUGUUUUCAUCAAUUUUUGAAGCUGCAAAAAAUUCUCCCUUCAAAACUCCCUUCACCAAGGCUCAAUGUGAGGCUGCACCCGGUCGGGAAAUUCAAGCAGCAUCUGCUGUAGUGAGUCAGGAUUCAUGUGAAUUCGGCUCAACCAAGUACUUUGUACUUUGCGGUCUUGGUGGUAUCCUUUCUUGCGGUACCACUCACACAUUUGUUGUGCCAUUGGAUUUGGUCAAGUGCCGUCUGCAGGUCGACUCGGCUAAAUACAAGAAUUUGUUCAAUGGGUUCAAGGUUUCCUAUGCCGAAGAGGGAAGCCGUGGUUUAGUCAAAGGAUGGGCUCCAACUUUCUUUGGAUACUCUGCUCAGGGUCUCUGCAAGUUCGGUCUCUAUGAGGUCUUCAAAGUACAAUACGCCAACAUGCUAGGAGAAGAGAACUCCUACUUGUACCGUACUUCCCUUUAUUUGGCUGCAUCUGCCUCAGCUGAAUUCUUUGCUGAUAUUGCUUUGGCUCCAUUCGAAGCUGCCAAGGUUAAGAUCCAAACCAUGCCAGGAUUUGCUAACACAUUCCGUCAAGCUGUUCCCAAGAUGGUGAAGGAAGAAGGUGUUGGUGCAUUCUACAAGGGUCUGGUACCAUUGUGGUGCAGACAAAUUCCAUACACCAUGAUGAAGUUUGCUUGUUUCGAAAGGACCGUUGAAUUGCUUUACAGUCACGUUGUUCCAAAACCACGUCAAGAUUGCACCAAGGGUGAACAAUUGAUUGUCACAUUCGCUGCUGGUUAUAUUGCUGGUGUGUUCUGUGCCAUCGUCUCUCAUCCAGCUGAUGUUGUUGUAUCUAAACUCAACCAAGCCAAGGGUUCAUCUGCCUUCGAUGUGGCCAAGAGUCUUGGAUUCAUGGGAAUGUGGAACGGUUUGGUGCCUCGUAUUAUUAUGAUCGGUACAUUGACUGCCCUGCAAUGGUUCAUCUAUGAUGGUGUUAAGGUAGCUUUGGCCCUCCCACGUCCACCACCACCAGAGAUGCCAGAAUCCCUCAAGGCUAAAUUGGCUAAGAGCGAGUAAAUUUUAAGUAAAAAUCAGUAAAUAGUUAAAUUAUAAUUCAGAGAAAAAAAAAAAAACGAGAUACGAGCAAAACAGAAAAAAACUAAAACCAAAUACACCUAAGAAAAACUCAUCUAGGUAUUUAAAGCUAAGGGAAACCAACUACAAAAAUGUUAACCCCCGCAAAUAAAGGGUCAUCAACGUCUUAAAGAAAAAACAUGAAAACUGCUUGUGUUCUUAAAGACUUAAUUAAUUAAAAAAAAAAAAACAUAUGCAUUUAAACGAAAAAAAAAACUAAGAAACAGUUCAUUCCACAGAAUUAAUAAAAAAAAACCGAAAUAGGAAACGAUCAUUCAUGAUAUUAAAAAAAAAGUUAUUGUUAUUUAUUAAAUUUUAUUUUUCUCUUUGUUAAUGAAAACUUGCUAAAAAAAAAGUAAACGUGUAUGGAUCCAGUCAAGAAAGCAAUAAAAUAAUCUUAUGUU